AUGAGCAGCAGCAGGAUGCAAGCGCCACACCCGCCGACCGAGCACCAGAACUCGUCGCAUCAAGCUCCUGCGCCAGUCAACCUGCCUCCCAUCCACCAUUUUCCGCCGCAACACCCAGCCAUGCAGUCGCCGCCGCCCUCCUACACCGCGCCCAUGACCAGCAAUGGCCCGCCGCCGCCGCCGCCGCCGCCGCAGCACCCUCAACCCUAUCCUCCGCCGCAGUAUCAUUAUCAAAAUGGCGUGCCGCCGACGAUGCAGGCCAGCGUGGCGGCCAACGGACAGAAUGGCUUGAUGCGCAUCCCGCUACCACACGCGCAGCUGGACUCGCGACACAUGUCCGGCGGGAGGCAUAAGAAGGAAAUCAAACGACGCACAAAAACCGGCUGUUUGACGUGCCGUAAACGGCGCAUCAAGUGUGACGAAGGCCAGCCCACGUGCCGCAAUUGCUCCAAGUCCAAGCGUGAGUGCUUGGGCUAUGAUCCCAUCUUCAAGUCACAACCAAGCCCUGCCAAUAUUCAGCCAGCACCCACCGGCAACCCAGCGUCGUCGUCUGCUUCACAUCCAGGCGCAGGCAACCCAUACCAUCAGGCCCCGCAGACCUUUCCUGGAACGGGCGGUACCUUCAUACAUACUCAAGCUGCUGCUGCUGCUGGAACAUCCGCACCUCCCGGCUACGCGUACGCCUCAUUAGACCCUGCGCUGUCCAGUGGCGACCCAUCAGCACACAUGGCGCAUAGCAAUUAUCCGCAUGCUCUUCAGAUGCUGCGAAAAGUCAGCGUGAUACCCAUGGAAGAUCUAUUCGCUCUCAAUGAUAUACCGCCUCGCUACCAUUCGAGAGAAGCGCCACAGCCUCUUCCUCCCCAAAUGCAAGAGGAACUGGAAGAUUUUGUCAAAUAUCACUAUGUUGCCGGCCUUGAUCGCGUACUUGAAACCACAUGGUACUCGCAACGAGGAUGGUCUCAUCUACAACGCGAUCCGAUGCUCCUGGAUUUUGUUGCUCAAUGUGCCGAGCAAUUCAAGCAGCGCGACGAAGCCAACGAGAAGCUCAGGACUUCGCUGGAAGCGCGUCUUGUGUGGCAAUUAGCGACUAUGCCUCGUGCAGCAGCAUCACAGACCAAUGGCGUUGGAGUUGGUGUUGACCCGCUGCUCCAAGAAGUGUUGCCUCGCAUUGAUGUUCUUGAAAACCUACUCACUGGUCAAUUUCUCGACCCUAGCAGGAUACCGCCGCCGCCGCAGCAACAACAACCCCAGCCUGGCCAGGACCCUGCUGCAGCAAAUCAAAAAUACAACGAGAGAUCCUUCUGGCAUCACCUAGGCCGGUUGGUUUCUCUCAGAGACGACACUACAUCAGUACAGAAGGACAUAGACGACACACUGAACGUCAUUAGAAAUAUUCUGGGCAUGCUCGAGAACCGAGACGUGCUCUACUCCAUCGCAAUUGGACGGCACAUAGGUGGGAGGAUGCCGGACUUCCAUCCACAGCGACACCUAGUGGCCCCGAAUAAUGACCCUAACAACCCAGUCACCAAACUCAGCAUUGCACACAGCUUCGUGGAAUCAGAAGACCAACGAGGCACAACGCAAGUCAUCCAGAGAAUCUGUUCCAUGGCCAUAAGAGGGUGGAUACUUUCAAAACGAUGA